CGUCACAAUAGCACCGUCCAAUCACAAAUGUAUGAAGAAGUUAGCCCUGUUUGACCUUUUAAUCAGUCCUUUCCGUCGCAACACGCCAGAACGGAUAAAAUGAUGGAAGCAAUCUCCAAAGCGGUGAAAAAUAACCCGUUCAGCAGCCCGUUCCAUCAGGCUAAAUGUGAAGGUUUCAAAGUGAACGAAACAAGAACAAUCGCCGCUGCAUCAGCUCAAGAGGAGACCAGCUGUGAAUUUGGAUCUAACAAGUACUAUGCCCUGUGUGGUUUUGGUGGUUUAUUGAGUUGCGGCAUAACUCACACAGCUGUAGUGCCACUCGAUUUGGUUAAAUGUAGAAUUCAAGUACAACCUGAAAAAUAUGGUGGUAUCAUUAAAGGUUUCAAAGUAUCCGUCAAAGAAGGUGGUGCUGUGGAGCUUACUAAGGGAUGGGCUCCAACAUUAAUUGGUUAUUCAAUGCAAGGAAUUUGCAAAUUUGGAUUCUAUGAAGUUUUCAAGAUAUUUUAUGGAAACUUAUUAGGAGAGGAAAAUACAUUUUUAUGGAGAACAUCAUUAUACCUGAUAUCCAGUGCAUCAGCUGAGUUCUUUGCUGACAUUGCUCUUUGUCCAAUGGAAGCUUGUAAAGUCAGAAUCCAAACACAGGCAGGCUGGAGUUCAACACUGAGAGAAGGUUUCCCAAGGAUAUUAAAAGAAGAAGGAGUUAACGGAUUUUACAAAGGACUGGUGCCUUUAUGGUGUAGACAGAUUCCAUAUACAAUGAUGAAAUUUGCUUGUUUUGAGAGAACAGUUGAAGCUUUGUACAAAUAUGUAGUUCCCAAACCAAGAAUGGAAUGUAACAAGGCAGAACAACUCACAGUCACCUUCUUAGCUGGUUAUAUUGCUGGUGUAUUCUGUGCUAUUGUGUCUCAUCCUGCAGACACCAUUGUAUCCAAACUCAACCAGGCUAAGGGCAGUAACUUUGUUGAUAUUGCUAAGGAUCUGGGAUUUCUAGGAAUGUGGAAGGGCUUAUUCCCCAGAAUCAUCAUGAUUGGUACACUCACAGCAUUACAGUGGUUCAUCUAUGAUUCUGUAAAGGUGUACUUCAGACUUCCACGUCCACCACCACCAGAGAUGCCAGAAUCACUCAAGCGUAAAAUGGGAGUUUAAUGACAAUGUUUACCUAGGAAUAUUUAUAAAUUGAACAAUAGAUGGCUAAUUUUUUUACAAAGUAUUUUUUAUAUUUGACCAGCUAAAAAUACUUUGAAAGUUUCAUUGACGUUUUCCAUUCAGUCUCAUGUGCAAACACUAAUUCGUUUGAUAUAUAUUGUUUUGAUAAUUUAUCGGUGUGUCCUUGACUGUUCAUCAAAGAGGGGGAGGAAAUCCCAUGUCAAAUGUGAUAGGUUUCAGUAGUUGUUCAAACUGUUCAUUUUAUUUGUUACACUGACAGAUCUGAUCAGCUAUUGAAUAUUUUGUUGGCAUGUCAUAAUUUCCAGGAAUCAUUUUAGUGAAAAGACUUAUUUGCAAAAAAAUGAGUGAAUAAAAAAGAAAAAAAUGCAGAA